AUGGAUUAUAGCAAGUGGGACCAUAUAGAGGUAUCUGAUGAUGAGGACGACACUCAUCCAAAUAUUGAUACUGCCAGUCUAUUUCGUUGGCGUCAUGAAGCACGUCUAAAUAGAGACCGUGAAUGGAAAGAGGAAAAAGAGAAGUUUGUAAAGGAAAAAAAGGAGCACACGCAAGCUCUUCAAAAGGCUAGGCGUGAGUAUGAAGAUGGUGUUAAGAAUAACGCUUCAAAUGUGAAACAGCUAGAGGAAAAUUUAAAGCAACUUGAAAUCAAGGACAAGGAAUGGCAAGAAAGAGAAAAGGAGAUGAAUAAGAAGGAAAGACUCCGACCUCUUAAUGUCGACACAAUUAGUCAUGAAGGCAAAUCUCGCACGGUAAUUAAUAAAGAUGCCUUGAAGGAAAAACCUGAUCUGGAAGAAGAUAACGAUGAAGUUCAUGAAGAGGCGGCGGAAAGACUAAAAAACUUCACUGAAAAAUACGAAAAGGAGAUUAAAAAGUUUGGUCUGUUCUCCCGUCCCUUGGAUUCCAAAAUUUAUCUUGAGGAGCAUCCUUUCCUUGUCUGUGAUGAAACCGCUAAUCAUCUCGUUCUCUGGUGUCUGGACUUGGCCAUGGAAGAGAUUUGA